AUAACAGAUGAAAUCUCUUUUCAGUGACGAGGAGAAACGUUUUCAAGCCAUGUCUCGAGUGGCCCAGACACCCGGAUGUACGGGGGAUACUUCUAGGAUUAGAGUCUCAAGGCAUGGACUUUUUCCUCAGGAGGGGGGACAUUUGGGUGUUUCUACUCCGCGUUGAGGGAUUUAUCGCAGGAAUCAGGCAAAUUGGUCAAGGAUUUCGGCAGGUCCUUGCGGAAAAAGGCGUUCUAUCUGAGGCCACGACGACUAAGGAUAUUGGAACCACCUCCUAUGAACCUACUACUGCUGCCACUCCCACGGCGACAUCAACGCCAUCCACAUCGGAAACAACUACGGCAAGUACAAGAAAACCAGGCCUCGCGGAUUUGUCGUCUGUGACGCCUUCAGACUCAAACGCCAUGUCGAGUACAGCAACAGCGGCUAGCUCGGGGGAUCCCACGGUCAUAACUACAUCCCCAACUGAUUCGGAGCUUCCGACGAGCACUCCAGCGGCUACAGAGACAAGCGGCGGCGCAAGUGGUGGCGAGCGGGAGUGGAACUGGAACUGGGGCUGGGGCUGUGAACAAAGCUAACAUGCAGGCUAUGGUGAUGGUAGGGAGCUUUGUUCUUAUUCUAGCUGCGUACUCGAGAUAAAGGAUGCUAAAUGGUUCAUGUCUAAGUUAUGAGAG